AUGCACUCAUUCACUCACCCAUUCAAGCACUCUUUCAUUCAUCCAUUCAUGCACUCUUUCACUCACCCAUUCACGCACUCUUUCACUCACCCAUUCACGCACUCUUUCACUCACCCAUUCACGCACUCUUUCACUCACCCAUUGACGCACUCUUUCACUCACCCAUUCACGCACUCUUUCAUUCAUCCAUUCACGCACUCUUUCACUCAACCAUUCAAGCACUCUUUCACUCACCCAUUCACGCACUCUUUCAAUCACCCAUUCUCGCAUUCAUUCACUCACCCAUUCACGCACUCUUUCAUUCAUCCAUUCACGCACUCUUUCACUCACCCAUUCACGCACUCUUUCAAUCACCCAUUCACGCAUUCAUUCACUCACCCAUUCACGCACUCCUUCAUUCAUCCAUUCAUGCACUCUUUCACUCACCCAUUCAAGCACUCUUUCACUCACCCAUUCACGCACUCUUUCAAUCACCCAUUCACGCAUUCAUUCACUCACCCAUUCACGCACUCCUUCAUUCAUCCAUUCAUGCACUCUUUUCACUCACCCAUUCAAGCACUCUUUCACUCACCCAUUCACGCACUCUUUCAAUCACCCAUUCACGCAUUCAUUCACUCACCCAUUCACGCACUCUUUCAUUCAUCCAUUCAUGAACUCAUUCACUCACCCAUUCAAGCACUCUUUCAUUCAUCCAUUCAUGCACUCUUUCACUCACCCAUUCAUGCACUCAUUCACUCACCCAUUCACGCACUCUUUCAUUCAUCCAUUCACGCACUCUUUCACUCACCCAUUCACGCACUCUUUCAUUCAUCCAUUCAUGCACUCUUUCACUCACCCAUUCAUGCACUCAUUCACUCACCCAUUCACGCACUCUUUCAUUCAUCCAUUCACGCACUCUUUCACUCACCCAUUCACGCACUCUUUCAUUCAUCCAUUCACGCACUCUUUCACUCACCCAUUCAUGCACUCAUUCACUCACCCAUUCACGCACUCUUUCAAUCACCCAUUCACGCAUUCAUUCACUCACCCAUUCAAGCACUCUUUCACUCUCACAUUCACGCACUCUUUCACUCACCCAUUCACGCACUCUUUCACUCACCCAUUCACGCACUCUUUCACUCACCCAUUCAUGCACUCAUUCACUCACCCAUUCACGCACUCUUUCAUUCAUCCAUUCACGCACUCUUUCACUCACCCAUUCAAGCACUCUUUCAUUCAUCCAUUCAUGCACUCUUUCACUCACCCAUUCAUGCACUCAUUCACUCACCCAUUCACGCACUCUUUCAUUCAUCCAUUCACGCACUCUUUCACUCACCCGUUCACGCACUCUUUCAUUCAUCCAUUCACGCACUCUUUCACUCACCCAUUCACGCACUCUUUCACUCACCCAUUCAAGCACUCUUUCACUCACCCAUUCACGCACUCUUUCAAUCACCCAUUCACGCAUUCAUUCACUCACCCAUUCACGCACUCUUUCAUUCAUCCAUUCACGCACUCUUUCACUCACCCAUUCACGCACUCUUUCAUUCAUCCAUUCAAGCACUCUUUCACUCACCCAUUCACGCACUUAUUCACUCACCCAUUCACGCACUCUUUCAAUCACCCAUUCACGCACUCAUUCACUCACCCGUUCAUGCACUCAUUCACUCACCCAUUCACGCACUCUUUCAAUCACCCAUUCACGCACUCAUUCACUCACUUAUUAACUCAAUCAUCCGUUCAUUAACUCACUUAUCCAUUCACUCCCUCUUUCACUCGUUCUUAUUCAGUCAGUCACUCAUUCAUUGA